AUGAAUAACGAAGAAUAUUACGACAUAGACUCCAUCCUAGCAGAACAUUCAGUGCGUAUUGUCACUCGAAUGGAUGCUUCUGCAAACCUAACAGGAGACGGCAACGAGAUUACAGCCAAUUCGCGUGUCGAACUGCCGUUUUGGAUUGCCAAAAUGCUCGCACAAUAUAGGCUUCCGGACGGCGGGAGUAUAGUGACCAUAGAGUUACCCAGAGCAUACGGCACCCGGGUGCGCAACGCGCUAGAUGCAAGUCCAACCAGCAUUGACUUUCGACAAAUUUCCCCGUAUUUCUAUCAGUUUGGCACAAAGCUAUACGGCCUGAUCAUCGACAACGAGCUUCCAGCAACACUAGAAAAUACAUUCAAGAUACGGCUCAAGGAAAUCAUGAACUUAUCCUUGACGGGGUCGACCAACGUGGGACAGGAUUUCUUGCAGAAGUUGGAUGAAACUGAAAAAGAACUAUUUAAGGCUGGCCAAGAGAGCACGGCAGAGCUUAGAAAGUGGCGCCACAGAAGGCGACAGCAGCUGAAGCCGGUGUCUCUGGGUCAUCGGAUAUCUUCCCAGUCGUCGUCGACUAGCUAA